UACUGUUUUAACACAAUGAAGGGAUACAAUGGAAGUCGUAGCCAGUCACAGCACUCUUCUGCGCACACAUGCCAUUGUAUGCCUGAGGAUUGUGAUCAUUCCCAUGAUUAUUUACAUCACAGCCAAGAUCCUAGGCAGUCUUAUAUGCUUAGCCCUACAGAAUCGUGUUCAAUGGACCAUCACUACUGCAUGUCCAGGAGUAACAUGCCCUCUGAAUGUGCUGCAGUACCACUUAGCAUGACUGAGCAGAUGUCCUCAAGCAGUACAUUUCCUCGGAUGCACCAUAACCCACAGUAUGAAUCAUGCGAUGACUGCAUGGCUGCCACCCACACUGCCAGCAAGAUCAAUCGGCUACCUGCCAACCUGCUGGACCAGUUUGAGAAGCAGUUGCCUCUCCAUCACGAUGGGUUUCACACACUUCAGUACCAACGGGCGAGUUCAGCUGAACAGCGCAGUGAGAGUCCCAGCAGGAUUCGGCACCUGGUUCACUCUGUGCAGAAGCUUUUUGCCAAGUCUCACUCCCUGGAAGCUCCUUCAAAAGGAAAUAUAAAUGGUACAAAGAUGGAGGGAAGAGGUGGGGACAGCUAUCAUCACCAUCAGCACCACCAACACCACCAGCACCACCAUCAAUCAAGAUCAACAAAGAGGAGCAAAAGCAAGGAGCGCAAAUCUGACUCUAAGCACAGAGCUAAGAUAACUGGUUGGUGGAGCUCAGAUGACAACCUUGACAGUGACAGCAGUUAUAUGGUGGCCGCUGGAGCCAGUAGGCACUCCAUGGAACAGGCCACGCAGUACUGUACAGAACCUAUUGAAAGUGCCUGCAGAGAUCUGACCCUGAAGAGUUUAAAAAGCAGCAGUGAAGGAAAAUGUUCAGCAUGUGCAGCUAUGCCAAUGUUGGCUGAUUCACAACACAUGAAAAGAAGUAUGUGGUCCACUAUGACGGUAAAUCAAGCCAGAGAGGCCUAUCCUAGCUCGGGACUGAGCCAAGACAAACCUUCAAUGCUUCAGGAUACCAAGGCACAAGAAAGGGCUUACCAUUAUCUUCAGGUGCCCCAGGAUGAAUGGGGAGGUGGGUAUCCAGGAGUGAACAAGGAUGGCGAAAUUCCUUGUCGGAGAAUGCGCAGUGGCAGCUACAUCAAAGCAAUGGGAGAUGAUGAAAGUGGCGACUCAGAUGCAAGCCCAAAGAUGUCACCAAAGGGAGCUUCUCAGCAUGAGAACUAUCCGAAAUUGUUGGGUGCAGGAAGCAGCAGUGAGCAGAGUCGUUCGAACUUCGGCUCCAGCCUGAGCUUCAUUCUUAGCAUUUCUAGGCCUCAGUUCAGAAAUAACUGGUAUCUCCAAGGGCCCCGGAGAAUACAGACCGUGUGGACCCUUCCAGGUGUGGUGAUAAAUUAUUUUAAUGAGAAACCAAAGCCCAUGUUGACAGAUAUCAUGGGGUUAAAAAGAGUGAAGGAACUACAGCAAACCAGGUUCAGCUGUAAACACUGCUCUGAUCCAUACAUUUGCAGCCACUCCUACCUACAAGGACAAACUGCAAUGAAUUACAGCCUGGAUAAUCUGCACCGAUCCAGUCUCCGCACUCCACCUAAGCUUCUCCCCAGAGGUCAGGGUUACAGUCGAAUGCUCAAUGCCAACAAUCAGAAUGAGAUCCUAUCCGGCGUUCAGCUGAAUGUUCCCAUGGUACUAUAUGAAGCAAAUAGUCAACUGCUACCAAAAGGCUCCUGCGAGCAUUGGAGGAGAUCAGGUGGGAGAUUAGCACAGCCCCACUGUGCUCAGAAGCUUUUGGCAAAGAAGGUGCUUGAUUUGAAGAAAGGCUCCAAGGACAGCUACCCCUCAACCCCAGAAGGCUUCCAGGUGCCAGAGAAGGCAGAAGAAGGGGCGCAGCUGACAGCCACUGUCAGGGCGCAAUUGAUACCACUCCUGUACUCCCAGGAAGAAACGACCACCACUCCCAAUACCAAAUCACUGCCACAGCAACCCGACCGACCAGGCAUGAUUGGUGAGGCUGAUCAGAACAGACAGUUCGAAGUGGUGUGUGAGUCAGUCUUUGGUGAAAUGGAAUCCCAAGCUGUGGAGGCUCUCGACCUGCCUGGCUGCUUUCGAAUGCGAAGCCACAGCUAUCUCCGUGCCAUUCAAGCUGGAUGCUCACAGGAUGAUGACUGCUUGUCUGUAUUUUCUAUGUCAGCACCCAUGAUGCCUGCCACGAGUGUCGGUGCUAUUAAAUCCAGCACGUCAUUUAAUUACAAGAAAGCUCCUCCAAUUCCUCCUCGGAUGGCAACAAAACCAAUUAUCUCAGUAACAGCCCAGAGCAGCACAGAAUCAACCCAGGAUGCAUACCUGCAGAAUGAGAUACAUCGGUCCACCUCCUGGUCAAAAGAUAUUAAAUCCCAGUGCAAUUCAACAGACAGUAUUGAUAGUAGCAAAGCACUGCACCUGGCGCUGGAGUCCUUUACCCCAAGCCGUUCUUCAAUGAAGAGCUCCGAUGGAACUGGAAUUAGUAAAGGCAUUCUGAAUCGCGAUGAACCAAAGCUACAGCCACGCCAAAGAAAAUGGCGUUCAUCUGUAGGGAUACAGGUGGAUAGUUCAGAGACUAUGACUGAUUCUGACACAGAUAGCAAAGGCCUUCGAGAGUUCCAUUCUAUUGGAGUGCAGGUUGAAGAUAAUAAACGACAUGCCAGGUUUAAGCGUUCAAACAGUGUGACAACAAGCGUACAGGCGGACCUUGAAUUGGAGGGUAUCCCUGGGCUGUGCGUGAGCACAGAGGACAAGGGUUUUCAGUUUGGUCAAUCAUUUGAGCGGCAUUCCUCAGAACCAGAGCAAUCCAAUGAGUACACUUCAUUCAGAACUGUUCACACACAAGGACAAUGGGCAUACAAGGAAGAUUACAGAAUGCGCUAUGAUAGUGCUGACACCCAGCGCCAGGACCACUGGGGAGAGUCCAGUGUUCACAGCCUCCCAGAUCCUGGCAGAAUAUCUCCAUGCCACCGAGAUGGUGAUUGGUUUAUCAAACUGCUGCAGGCAGAAGUAGAACGAUUGGAAGGAUGGUGUCAGCAGAUGGAGAGAGAAGCUGAGGAGAAUGACCUACCUGAAGAGGUACUUGAGAAGAUUCGCAGCGCAGUGGGUAGUGCCCAGCUUCUAAUGUCACAGAAGUUCCAGCAGUUUUAUCGACUGUGCCAGCAGAAUAUGGACCCGAAUGCUUUUCCUUUGCCUACCUCCCAGGAUCUGGCCGGAUUCUGGGAUCUCUUGCAGCUGUCGGUUGAGGAUGUGACUUUGAAGUUUGAUGAGCUUUUGCAGAUAAAGGCCAAUAACUGGAAAUUGCUAGAGGCUUCAGAUAGAAAGGAUGAUACGAAGAUCCCUCCUCCUAUACCAAAGAAACCGUCAAAGGGAAGGCUACCCGCGGCGCGGGAGAAGUCAUUGGAACUUGCUGACAGACACAGGCAGGAAGCAAGAAAACGGCUCAUGGCUGCUAAGCGAGCAGCUUCAUAUCGGCAAAACUCUGCCACAGAAAGUGCAGAUAGCAUUGAAAUCUACAUCCCCGAAGCCCAAACAAGGCUUUGA